GUUUACCUAUGUCUCCUCUGUUCACUGCUUUUCAGUCUCGCGCUGCUCCUCAUGGCCGCGACAGCCUCCGCCGCUCACUACAGUCUGCUCAGCGCGAGCGCGCCGGUGCACGCGGACUCCGGCGGCAUGCAGCAGCACGCGGCUCCGGGGUCGGCUUACAGGCACGCGCACGCCGCCGCGCUGCUGCAGAGCGAGUUCGCGCUGCAAAACAACGGCGGUGGGAGUCACGCGCACCAGUGGAUCGCGGCCGCGCUCUCUCACGGUGGGAGAGGGGGAUUAGUAGGAGGAGGAGGUGGAGGUGGGGAAGGAGCCGCGUGGACGUCCGCCGACAUCAAACCCACGAUCCGCAGCACGGGAGACGAGAUGCACGAGGACAACGACAACAGCGACGACAACAGCAACAAUAACAACAACAAUAACAACAACAACUCAAGCAGCGGCAACUUACAGCACAUGCUUCAUCAUCCUCAUCAUCCCCAUCACCAUCAUCAUCAGCAUCACGAAGAGGACGCCGCACGCGCGUGGAGGAGCGCGAGCGGUACAGCGGCGGCUCACCUGCCCAGCGUGGGCGCGGCGACCGGGCAGCAGAGUCUCGCGUACUCCGGCGGGUUUGGCGCGCUCAACGGGCUCGUGCCGGGCAUUCAAGCGCAUCACCAGCACCAUCAGGAUCACGAGCACGAGCAUCACCAUCACCACAGUCCGCAUCUGCGGGAGCACCAGCACCACCACCGGAGUCUGCACGAGUCGCCGGCGUCGGACGAGGACGUGACCCCGACGUCAGACGACCUGGAGCACUUCGCCAAGCAGUUCAAGCAGCGGCGCAUCAAGCUCGGCUUUACGCAGGCAGACGUCGGGCUCGCGCUCGGCACCCUCUACGGCAACGUGUUCUCGCAGACGACCAUCUGCCGGUUCGAGGCGCUGCAGCUCAGCUUCAAGAACAUGUGCAAGCUCAAGCCGCUGCUCAGUAAGUGGCUCGAGGAGGCGGACUGCAGCGCGAGCGGCGGCGGCGGUGGCACCGGCCUGGAUAAGCUCGCGGCGCAGGGGAGGAAGCGGAAGAAGCGCACGUCCAUCGAGGUCAGCGUGAAGGGCGCGCUCGAGAGCCACUUUCUGAAGUGUCCCAAACCGGCCGCGGCGGAGAUCACGAGCCUCGCGGACAGCCUGCACCUCGAGAAGGAGGUGGUGCGCGUGUGGUUCUGUAACCGGCGGCAGAAAGAGAAGAGGAUGACGCCGCCCGGUGUGCACGCCACGCACGGGACCGAGGAGGCCAUGCUCGAGCUCAAAACGCAAAACGUGCAGUGAUGGAGAGAAAGAGAGAGAGAGAGAGAGAGAGAGAGAGAGAGAGAGAGAGAGACCGGAGUAUGUACGGAACUACAGCAGGAUUUACUGUGUGGGAACAAAAUGCAUCACUGUGACAGAGGCUUAACUUGGAAACACACACACACACACACACACACACACACACACACUCGAGUAUCCAGCGCGUGCAGGGCUGCUUUCCUAUCUCCGCCUUUCCUUUGCAGAAAACUGUCACUGCGGACGAUGAGUACAUUUUAAAUUGAAAAAAAAAAUGUCCCUGUUAUCAUUAUUAUUAUAAUUAUUAUUAUUAUCAUUGUUAUGCUUGAGUUAUUGGCAAACAACAACAACAACAACAACAACAUUAAUAAUAAUAAUAAUGUCUGGACAGUGUGUAAAUAGUGUAUAAUUGAAAGAGGGAGAUUAUCUCUUCACUUCAGCACUUUUUUUUCUUCAAACAGGCAAAAGAUUCUAGUGCGUAUAAUUCCUGAUUACUUUUUGUUUACUUUUGUAUUAUUCUUUCGAUAUAUUCGAUAUGUUAUAAGCUUCAUCUUUGGUUUCUUCUUUUGCAUUUAGCAUUUUUUUUAAAAAAAACAAUAAUAAUAAAAGAUUUUAUAAAUUUGAAUAUACAACAUGACAGAGUGUUCACACUAUUGUAUACCCUAUAUACAACUCUGUAAAUAUUUUAAAUCUGAUUUUUAAAAAACGUGCUUUUUAAACAUAAACAUUUUAACGAAUGAAACUGAAAUAUUUCAAAGGCUGCAGUUCCAUUUGUUGUGUAUUUUAUACUAUUAAUAUUUUACGGAAAAAAUUCUGAAAGUAAAGCAAUGAAAUUAUUAUUAUUAUUAUUAUUAUUAUUAUUAUUAUUAUUAUUAUUAUUAGACAUUUAUAGGCUGUGGUCUUUUGUACAGUUCAUUCAAUAUACAGAUCCACUUUUACAACUGGAUGGCGUUCCUUAUUUAUAUUGAUUGUAUGUGUCCCAGUAUAACAUUUUUACAUUGUGAAAAUUGCCACGAAAAAAAGUGAUUGAUUGUACAUUAUUUCUUUUAUAUGAUAUUAUUAUAUUAAUACACAUUUUAUUUAUGUACAAUAUGAAUCUGCUUAAUAUAAAAAAAAGGUCAUUUUCAUUUCAAGUCUUUAUAUCCCUAUUAGGUUUGUUUAGUUUUGGUCAGGUUUAUGUUUGUCAUCAUCCUAAUCAUCAUGCUA